AUGCCAACAUAAAAGCUGACAAACAAACGAGAUUCGGCGUCUCAGCUUCGCCAAAGUUCACGGUGACGGUGGCUUAUAGAGAAGAAGAAGAAAGUCAGAACAUGGCCACGUAACACCCCCCUAAGACUAAUCAUCAUCCCUCUCUCUCUCUCUCUCUCUUCCAUUUUCUAAUUCUGAAUCCCCUUUUACCGGUGGCGAUAUGUCUGUCGCCGGAGCGAUUAACCCCUUGCCCGCUGCACCCGUCCCUGCCGGACCAACCACCACGACCCGCCGCCGUGUGGAUGUAGUCUCCGAACGGCCCUUGAAUGAGUUGAAUCCCGUCGAUUUCUGCAGUACAGUCAAUUUAUCCACCGGAAACGAAUCUGCGGAAUUGGACGGCGGAGAUACGAGCGGUCAAGACGCCACGUCUUCGGAAGGUUCCUCGUCUACUGGAUCUCACUACCACCACGAUCACUACCACCAAUUCCACAACCACCCCGCGAUUCACUACCUCUUCCUCCGUAAAUUCCGAUCUCCAUUUUCCCAAGGCGGCGGCGGCGGCGGUGGAUCGGGGACGGUGGUGGGGCAAGGGUUUAGAUCUGGGAAAAACGUGGGGCGUCGGAUCUUGGGUCUCCUCAUGGCUCUCGUUGUCGCGUCCGUGUUCCUUAGUGUCUACCUCAUAGGCGGUGUGCGCGUGGUUGACCACGCGCGGUUGAGCGAGUUUGUCGUCGUUAGAUCGCUCCGUGACGAUCUGUCAAUGGCGCAACGCGAAGUUGGGGAAAACCAAGCUUCGUCCCAGCCAAUGCGCGUCCUCGAAAAGCUUCCCAUUCCGGAAAUUUGGCAGAAACCUGAAAGCGGGCAGUAUCGUCAAUGUGUGGCGCGUCCUAAGAACAAGACGAGACUGGGCCAAAAGACCAAUGGAUAUCUUAUAGUACACGCAAAUGGAGGUUUGAAUCAGAUGAGAACUGGGAUAUGUGACAUGGUUGCUGUUGCCAAGAUUAUGAAUGCAACUCUUGUUCUUCCUCUUCUCGACCAUGAAUCUUUCUGGACUGACCCGAGCACGUUCAAAGAUAUUUUCGACUGGAGAAACUUCAUGAGUGUACUGAAACACGAUGUUGACAUUGUAGAGUAUUUGCCUCCUGAGUAUGCCGACAUGAAGCCUCUUCUCAAGGCCCCUGUUUCUUGGUCAAAGGCUAGUUACUACAGAAGCGAAAUGCUGCCACUUCUAAAACGUUACAAGGUGUUAAAGUUCAUGCUUACCGACUCACGGCUUGCUAACAAUGGCUUGCCACCAUCGAUCCAAAGACUGAGAUGUCGUGCUAAUUACAAGGCACUGGCGUACACGAAGGAGAUCGAGGACCUGGGAAAUGUAUUGGUUAACCGUUUAAGAAAUAACAGUGAGCCGUAUAUCGCUCUGCAUUUGAGAUACGAGAAGGACAUGCUUGCCUUUACAGGUUGCAGCCACAAUCUUACAUCUGAGGAAGCCGAAGACCUGAGAAUCAUGAGGUACAAUGUCAAACACUGGAAGGAGAAAGAGAUCGAUAGCAUAGAGAGACGGAUUGAAGGCGGAUGUCCUAUGUCUCCGCGAGAAGCAGCCAUAUUUCUAAAGGCAAUGGGAUAUCCAUCCUCCACAACUGUAUAUAUAGUUGCUGGUGAAAUCUAUGGAAGCAAGAGUAUGGAUGCUUUCCGCGCGGAGUACCCAAAUGUCUUCUCUCAUUCAACUCUUGCAACUGAAGAAGAGUUGGAGCCUUUCAGUCCAUACCAGAACCGGCUUGCUGCGUUGGACUACAUUGUGGCCCUUGAAAGCGAUGUUUUUGUGUAUACGUAUGAUGGAAACAUGGCUAAGGCGGUACAAGGGCACAGAAGGUUUGAAGGGUUUAGGAAAUCUAUAAAUCCAGACAGGUUGAAUUUUGUUAGACUGAUAGAUCAUUUUGAUGAUGGUUUCAUAUCUUGGGAAGAGUUUGCUUCAGAGGUUAAGCGACUAAACAGAGACAGGACUGGAACGCCAUAUGCGAGACUGCCUGCUGCACUUCCCAGGCUAGAGGAGAAUUUCUAUGCGAACCCACAACCUGAUUGCAUCUGUAACAAGUCUUAUUCUCGCAGCUCUGGGAAAAAAUCAAGUCUUAGAACGGAGACAAAGACAUGGAAGAAGAGUGCCUUAAGAUAGUGUUGAUGCAGUAAUCAGAAACAGUCGAGAUUCCCACGUCAAACACUGCAGGAUCAGGACAGAGAACAACUUUCAUCGAGUUUAUAGCGUUUUUGUACAACAUAGGAAAAGAGGUAACCCCAGUUCUGCUCAGACGGCUUGUAGAAUCGAUUGUCCUUACAGAAAGAGCAUCAAGACUUGGAUCGGCUAUAGAGAAUUUUUGUCUCUUAACCAAACAUAAGUUUCAUUAGGUUAUCAUGUUCUCACCACCCUCUCACAUUGUUGUUAUCAGUGAACACACAAAAAAUGAUUGUACAUUGGAUUACAGUUUUGAAAUCAGUAUAAAUCUCACAUUGUUCAAAAACA